UUUGGAGAUUGAAAUCUACUGAGAAAGAUGGAAAAAGGAGCCCGGCAACGAAAAAACACUGAAAAGAACCAUCCAGGUGGGACUGAGUCAGAAGGCAGCCCUGGUUCCGGAGGGGGCGGAGUAGCUCUGAAGAAAGAGAUUGGAUUGGUCAGUGCGUGUGGUAUCAUCAUAGGAAACAUCAUCGGUUCUGGAAUCUUUGUCUCGCCAAAAGGCGUGCUGGAGAAUGCUGGUUCUGUGGGCCUUGCACUCAUCGUCUGGAUUGUGACAGGUCUCAUCACAGCUGUGGGAGCCCUGUGCUAUGCUGAGCUUGGGGUCACCAUCCCCAAAUCUGGUGGUGACUACUCCUAUGUCAAGGAUAUCUUUGGAGGACUGGCUGGGUUCCUGAGACUGUGGAUUGCUCUGCUGGUGAUCUACCCCACCAAUCAGGCUGUCAUCUCCCUCACCUUCUCCAACUACGUGUUACAGCCGCUGUUCCCUACCUGCUUCCCCCCAGAGUAUGGCCUUCGAAUCCUGGCUGCCAUCUGCUUGUUGCUCCUCACAUGGGUCAACUGUUCCAGUGUACGAUGGGCCACCCGGGUUCAAGACAUCUUCACAGCUGGGAAACUCCUGGCCCUGGCCCUGAUUAUUGUCAUGGGGGUGGUGCAGAUAUGCAAAGGAAAAUACUUCUGGCUGGAGCCAAAGAACGCGUUUGAGAAUUUCCAAGAGCCCGACAUUGGCCUCGUUGCACUGGCUUUCCUUCAGGGCUCCUUUGCUUACGGAGGCUGGAAUUUUCUUAAUUACGUGACUGAGGAACUUGUUGAUCCCUACAAGAACCUUCCCAGAGCCAUCUACAUCUCCAUCCCACUGGUCACAUUUGUGUAUGUCUUUGCUAAUAUUGCUUAUGUCACUGCAAUGUCCCCUCAGGAGCUGCUGGCAUCAAACGCAGUCGCUGUGACUUUUGGAGAGAAGCUUCUGGGCGUCAUGGCCUGGAUCAUGCCCAUUUCUGUUGCCCUGUCCACAUUUGGAGGUGUCAAUGGAUCUCUCUUUACCUCCUCCCGGCUGUUCUUUGCUGGAGCCAGGGAAGGCCACCUUCCCAUCGUGCUGGCCAUGAUCCACGUGAAGCGCUGCACUCCAAUCCCAGCCCUGCUCUUCACAUGCCUGUCCACCCUGCUGAUGCUGGUCACCAGCGACAUGUACACACUCAUUAACUAUGUGGGCUUCAUCAACUACCUCUUCUAUGGGGUCACAAUUGCUGGACAGAUAGUCCUUCGCUGGAAGAAGCCUGACAUCCCCCGCCCCAUCAAGAUCAACCUGUUCUUCCCCAUCAUCUACUUGCUGUUCUGGGCCUUCCUGCUGGUCUUCAGCCUAUGGUCAGAGCCAGUGGUGUGUGGCAUCGGCUUGGCCAUCAUGCUGACAGGUGUACCCGUCUAUUUCCUCGGUGUUUACUGGCAACACAAGCCCAAGUGUUUCAAUGACUUCAUUGAGUUGCUAACUCUGGUGAGCCAAAAGAUGUGUGUGGUCGUAUACCCCAUGGGGGAGGAGGGCUCGCAAGCAGAGGAGAUGAGUGAGAUGGAAGAGCAGCAGCAGCCCAUGUAUUAUCCCACUCCCUCCAAGGAGAAGGACUUAGAGGAGCAGCCCCAGGCCUGA